UCCAUGCAUGCUUCAGUGACAGUGUAAGCCAUUGGCAGCAGCUGGACCUCUUCUCCUGCUGUUGCUUGUCAUGCCAAAAGCCAAAAGGGAGGUGAGGCAUCAGGCAUGGGAAAUUUUAUCCCUCCCCUAGUGUCUAGCGAGGGAAAGGCCGGCGCCCCGUGGCCAUGGGGCGUUGGAAGCAGUGUUUAUAAAUCCCCUCCCCCCUGCCACUACCACUCCACAGUUUCAGAACCACCACCGCAACGGCAACUGCAUAGUCGAGGUCGAGCAAUUUCGUGUUUCAGAAGGCCGGCCGGGCACUGAGUAGUGAGUUCUAUUGGGGACCAGGGACGAGCUCGAGCAAGAACAGUGAGGAGAGGAUGAUGAUGGACAGGCAGGUUGUGAGGCAAUGCGACAUGGAGGUCAUGAAGAUGGCCAUGCUCAAGCACGAAGAGACCUUCAGGCAGCAGGUCCACGAGCUGCACCGCCUGUACCGGAUCCAGAGGCAGCUGAUGAGCGACCUGACCAGAGACGAGCUGGUGGUCACCCGGCGGCGCAGCAAGCAGCCGCGGCGCGCGCUGAACCUGCAGCUGCCCGCCGACGAGUACAUCGUCAGCGCCGACGAGGACGACGAAGCCGCCGGCGCGGAGCUAGAGCUGACGCUCGCCGUCGGCGGGCGCGGCAAGAACAACAACAGGAGGAGGCAAGAGCAGCACGACAGCCCCGGCGGCGGCGGCGGCGGCUCCUCCCCGUUCGGGUCCGACGACUGCUUCGGCGCGAGCCUCCUAUCGUCGUCGCCGUCCUCGGCCGAGUACUACUCCGAUGAGGCGCCGGCGGCAGCGGUGUUCCAUGCGCCGCCGACGCCACCGUGCCAGAGGGCGAUGGCGUUCGACCUCGGCGACGGGAUGAUGAGGCAGCAGGCGCCGUGGCUGACGCAGUGCCAGCAGUAUCUCAGCCUCAGGAUGACAUGAACAUCAGAACAUGCAGAGAAGCUCACCAUCCGUAUCCAUCACAUUGUACCAGUGUGUUGUGUUGUAGAAGAAGCAGUAGCCGCUAGUUUUUUUUUCUUCCUUUUCCUUUUUUUUUUGUGCUUGCUACUAUGCCCUAGGUGGCCAAUGGAGUCUGGGAAGAAGGGUACGGCUGUGUCCUAGUAUACUCCUAUCCCUGAUCCAAAAAAAUGUUAAUUGAUCAUGACUAAUGAGUGCAUCCUGAUUGGUUAAUGUUCAGAUUAGUGUUGAUUCA